AUGGCAGAAGUGCUCGGUCUUGUCGCCUCCGGCCUCAGCAUUGCCCAAAUUGCCGGAUCCAUCGUAACCGCCAGCCUCAAGUUGAAAGCCCUGCUAGACGAGGUCAAGGACGCACCAGAAAACCUAAGAGACAUGCUUGAUCAUAUCGAGCUCCUUACUCCUAUCCUUUGCGAAGCCACCGCAGGUCGUGACGAAGUCGCAAAUACAAGUCCGCCGCAAUUACUCGCCACCUCGCACCUACAGCAAGCACUGCAGAAAGUACUCGCAGCAUGUCAGACGGCUGGCGAGCAGAUCGAGCUUUUGGCCACAGACCUGAUGUCUCAGAUCGGUGUGGCUCGCGAUGGUGUGAGACGGAAGCGUGCCAUGGUCAAGGUCGUGCUGAAAAAGGGCAAGCUGGCACAAUACGAGAUGCGCCUUCAAAAAACCAUUCAGCUUUUAACCUUGGCGCAGAACACAUAUAUCAUCGCUUUGCAACGAGUACAGCCCGAUAUCAUCGUUUCUCAGCUCAUGUCCACCCUUACACAGUCACCUCAGACCGCUCACGAACCCACGAAGAUAUCCCACCACCAAACUUCGCAUGAGGUCCAGAUUGUUCCCAGGGUGACAGAUCAUCGAACGUCUACGCGCAAAAAAUCGAGCGCCUUGCACGAAUAUUUGCAGAUGGGCUUCGCCAAGGUAACAGGACUCAUUUCGAUCCAUACACCGUCAAAAGGCACGAAUUUCCAGACGGUCACCCCAGACCAGGACCGAGUUCUACGAAUCCAGGUGCAGAUGCCAACAUGGCUUUGUGCCUCGGUGCUGGACAUGGUAUUUUCUCGAAGUUAUGCUGGUUGGACUUGUACGCUUAACGUGUACGCCCACAUUUUGUAUGGUUCUGUGGAGUUUAAUCUGAUUUCGGGGGCCAUAUUGAAUGACGACGUGGGCUCAAUCCACCGUCUGUUUCAGGAGAGGCGAUGUAGUCCACUGGACCACCUCGCGUGGGGAAACACGGAUUUCAGCCUGAUUGAGCUUGCACUGGCCAAUGGGAGUUGGCAAGCCUCUCGUUAUUUGCUCAACUACGAUGCAGAUUGCGACCAUGCUUUCCGCAUUGGACGUCAGGGACCUUUCAGCGGAAAAAGCAAACCUUACCUCGAGGAUCUUCUCAAACACGACAAGCUGAGCGAUAAAGUGCGAAUUUGCUGCUUGGCUUCCUGCUGGGACGAUCUCGACUUUUUCACUGAUCUCAUCAGUCGAAUUUGGCCGUACAACGAGUUCUACGAAGCAGCUGUUGAGGACCAACGCUUAAGCUUAGCCAUGGCAAUGCUGAUGAACGCUGGGAACCAGCAGCCUCCGCCUUCUCCUGCCAUUUUCAACCAUCUUUGCAAAUCAAUACCUCUCGCAGAAUCUGGGAGCAGCACCACAGCAAGGAUUCUGUUAUUACUUGCUUUCGGGCUAGGUCAUACAGCGUGGCACAACCCCGAUAUUGCAAGCAAAUGGUAUAGCGCCAUUCUAAACACUGCACUCCGACUGAACAAAGCCCUAUUGAUGCAUCUACCAGAACAAGAGCCCCUCGGCAAAGAAGGACUCCCAAAGACUAUUCCACAGCAAGUGGUCUCGAUCUGGUAG